AUGCCUGAAAUGCACAUCAAGGCACCUAAAAUCUCCAUGCCAGAUGUUGAUUUACACUUGAAAGGUCCUAAACUGAAGGGAGAUGUGGAUGUGUCUGUUCCAAAGAUUGAGGGGGAGAUGGAUCUCUCAGGUCCAAAAGUAGACAUUGAUGCUCCUGAUUUGGAAAUUGAGGGGCCAGAAGGAAAAUGGAAAGGUCCUAAAUUUAAGAAGCCUGAAAUGCAUUUUAACGUUCCUAAAAUUUCCAUGCCAGAUAUCGAUUUAAAUUUGAAAGGUCCUAAACUGAAGGGAGAGGUGGAUGUUUCUCUUCCUAAAGUAGAAGGGGAUUUAAAAGGGCCUGAAGUUGACCUCAAAAGCCCCCAAAUAGACAUCAGUGCACAAGACUUUGAUAUUCAUGGCCCAGAGGGUAAACUCAAAAUGCCAAAAUUGAAAAUGCCUAAAUUUGGAACACCUGGGUUCAAAGGAGAGGGACCAGAUAUUGAUGUAAAACUUCCAAAAGGGGAGGUGGAUGUUUCAGGUCCCAAGAUAGACAUUGAUGCUCCUGAUGUGGAGAUUGAAGCUCCUGAUGGAAAAGUGAAAGGCCCCAAAUUUAAGAUGCCUGAAAUGAAUAUCAAGGCCCCUAAAAUCUCCAGGACGGACUUUGAUUUGAAUUUGAAAGGCCCUAAAUUGAAGGGAGAUGUGGAUGUUUCUGUACCAAAACUAGAAGGGGAUUUGAAAGGCCCAGAAGUCGAUAUCAAAGGCCCUAAAGUGGAUAUAGAUGUCCCUGAUGUGGAGAUUGAAGGCCCAGAAGGCAAGUGGAAAGGUCCCAAAUUUAAGAUGCCUGAUAUGCAUUUUAAAGCACCUAAAAUCUCCAUGCCAGAUUUUGAUUUGAACCUGAAAGGACCUAAAGUGAAGGGGGAUAUGGAUGUUUCUGUUCCAAAGCUAGAAGGGGAUUUGAAAGGACCUGAGUUUGAUAUCAAAGGUCCCAAAGUGGACAUAGAUGCUCCCAAUCUUGAUAUUGAAGGUCCUGAAGGAAAAUGGAAAGGUCCAAAAUUUAAGAUGCCUGAAAUGAAUAUCAAGGCCCCUAAAAUCUCCAUGCCGGACUUUGAUUUGAAUUUGAAAGCCCCUAAAUUGAAAGGAGAUGUGGAUGUUUCUGUUCCAAAAUUAGAAGGUGAUUUGAAAGGUCCUGAAGUCAAUAUCAAAGCCCCUAAACUGAACAUAGAUGCCCCUGAUGUGGAGAUUGAAGGACCAGAAGGAAAAUGGAAAGGUCCCAAAUUUAAAAUGCCUGACAUGCAUUUUAAAGCACCUAAAAUCUCCAUGCCAGACUUUGAUUUGAACCUGAGAGGCCCUAAAGUGAAGGGGGAUGUGGAUGUUUCCAUACCAGAUUUUGAAGGUGAUAUGAGAGGCCCAGAAGUUGAUAUUACAGGUCCCAAAUUGGACAUAGAUGCUCCAGAUCUUGACAUUGAGGGUCCAGAGGGAAACCUGAAAGGCCCCAAAUUUAAGAUGCCUGAAAUGCAUUUCAAUGUUCCUAAAAUCUCCAUACCGGACAUUGAUUUGAAUUUGAAAGGUCCUAAAUUGAAGGGGGAUGUGGAUGUUUCUGUACCAAAACUAGAAGGGGAUUUGAAAGGGCCCGAGUUUGAUAUCAAAGGUCCUAAAGUGGACAUAGAUGCCCCUGAUGUGGAGAUUGAAGGUCCAGAUGGGAAAUGGAAAGGCCCCAAAUUUAAGAUGCCUGACAUGCAUUUUAAAGCACCUAAAAUCUCCAUGCCAGACUUUGAUUUGAAUUUGAAGGGUCCUAAAAUCAAGGGGGAUGUGGAUGUUUCUGGCCCUAAACUAGAAGGGGAUUUGAAAGGUCCUGAUUUUGAUAUCAAAGCCCCCAAAGUUGACAUUGAUGCACCAGAUGUGGAUAUUCAUGGCCCAGAGGGUAAACUCAAAAUGCCCAAAUUCAAAAUGCCCAAGUUUGGAAUGCCUGGAUUCAAAGGGGAGGGACCAGACGUGGAUGUAAGCCUUCCGAAAGGGGAGAUUGAUCUCUCAGGUCCAAAAGUAGACAUUGAUGCUCCUGAUUUGGAUUUUGAAGGGCCAGAAGGAAAACUGAAAGGUCCCAAAUUUAAGAUGCCUGAAAUGCAUUUCAAUGUUCCUAAAAUCUCCAUGCCAGACUUUGAUCUGAAUUUAAAAGGGCCCAAAUUGAAGGGAGAUGUGGAUGUUUCUGUGCCAAAUAUUGAAGGUGAUUUGAAAGGUCCUGAAUUUGAUAUCAAAGGUCCCAAACUGGACAUUGAUGCACCAGACAUCGAUAUUCAUGGCCCAGAAGGAAAAUUGAAAAUGCCCAAAAUGAAAUUUCCUAAAUUCAGCAUGCCUGGGUUCAAAGGGGAAGGCUCGGAUGUGGAUGUAAAUCUUCCAGAAGGAGGGGUUGAUAUUUCGGGUCCUAAGAUAGACAUUGAUGCCCCCAAUUUGGAUAUUGAAGGGCCUGAAGGGAAAUGGAAAGGUCCAAAAUUUAAGAUGCCUGAAAUGAAUAUCAAGGCACCUAAAAUCUCCAUGCCAGACAUUGAUUUAAACUUAAAAGGUCCUAAAAUUAAAGGAGACAUGGAUGUUUCUGUCCCUAAAAUAGAAGGUGAUUUAAAAGGUCCAGAGAUAGACAUUAAAUCUCCCAAAAUGUCUGUUGAUGUUCCUGAUCUUGACUUUGAAGGUCCAGAAGGAAAACUGAAAGGUCCUAAAUUUAAGAUGCCAGAAAUGCAUAUUAAAGCACCCAAAAUCUCCAUGCCAGAUUUUGACUUGAAUUUAAAGGGGCCUAAACUGAAGGGAGACAUGGAUGUUUCUGUUCCAAAGUUAGAAGGGAAUUUGAAAGGUCCUGAAAUUGACAUUAAAGGCCCCAAAUUGGACGUAGAUGCACCUGAUAUCAACAUUGAAGGGCCAGAAGGAAAACUGAAAACUCCCAAAUUUAAGAUGCCUGAAAUGCACAUCAAGGCCCCUAAAAUCUCCAUGCCAGAUGUAGACCUGAAUCUAAAGGCACCUAAACUGAAAGGAGACAUAGAUCUUUCUGGUCCAAAAAUAGAGGGUGAUUUGAAAGGUCCUGAAUUUGAUAUCAAAGGUCCCAAAGUGGACAUUGAUGCACCAGACAUUGAUAUUCAUGGCCCUGAAGGAAAACUGAAAUUAUCCAAAAUGAAGCUGCCUAAAUUCAGUACGCCUGGGUUCAAAGGGGAAGGCCCGGAUGUGGAUGUAAGUCUUCCAAAGGGAGAGGUUGAUAUUUCAGGUCCUAAGAUAGAUAUUGGCACUCCUGAUUUGAACAUUGAAGGUCCAGAAGGAAAACUGAAAGGGCCAAAAUUUAAGAUGCCUGAGAUGCAUUUUAAGACACCCAAAAUCUCAAUGCCAGACAUUGAUUUAAAUGUGAAAGGUCAUAAAAUGAAGGGGGACUUUGAUGUUUCUGUUCCCAAGAUUGAGGGUAAUCUUAAAGGUCCUGAAGUUGAUAUCAAAGGCCCAGAAUUUGGGAUUAGAAGUCCUGAGCUUGAUGUUGAGUGUCCAGAUGUGACCACUGAGGGCCUUGAGGGAAAUGUUAAACUUCCCAAAUUUAAGAAACCAAAAUUUGGGUUUGGAAUUAAAAGUCCUAAGGCAGAAAUCAAAUCUCCUGAAGUGGAUAUUGCUGUCCCGGAAGGUGAACUGAAUGUGGAGUCUCCUGAUAUUGGCAUUUCUGGCAAAGGAAAAAAAAGCAAAUUUAAAAUGCCUAAACUUCAUAUGAGUGGCCCUAAAAUUAAAGGAAAGAAGGGUGGAUUUGAUAUGAAUCUACCCAGUGGUGAGAUAGAUGCAAAUUUGAAAUCUCCUGAUUUAGAUCUCAAUGUAACUGGCCCAGAGGCAACAAUAAAAGGAGAUAUUAAUGUCAAAUCCCCGAAAGGAAAGAAACCAAUGUUUGGGAAAAUCUCUUUUCCAGAUGUUGAGUUUGAUAUUAAAUCACCUAAGUUCAAAGCUGAUGCUUCUGUGACAGUUCCUAAAAUGGAAGGAGAAUUUAAAGCACCCGAUUUGGAGGUUUCCACACCAGCUUUCAAAGGUGAUAUAAAGUCACCAGGUCUUGACAUUACAACCCCUAGUAUCAGCGCAAAUCUUCCUGAUGUUAACAUUGGAGGUCCUGAUAUCAAUCUUAAGAAACCUAAGGUCAAACUUCCAAGUGGAAAUAUUGAUAUAGCUGGUCCAAAAAUGGAAGGUGAUCUGAGAAUCCCAGGUAUUGACACAAACAUUAAUGCCCCUGACAUCAAACUUAAAGGACCUACAGUGAAUCUGCCUUCGGUGGACAUUUCUGCUCCUUCAUUCUCUGCAUCUGAUCUUGAUAUUAACUUGAAAGGACCAAAAGUAAAAGGUGAUGUCAGUCUUCCCACAGCAGACCUGGAAGGUCCAGAAGGAAAACUAAAAUUUCCCAAGUUCUCACUGCCCAAGAUAGGGAAACCAGGUCUGAAUUUAGAAGGAGCUGAUGUGCAGCUGCCCUCAGCAAGCGUGGAUGUAUCAGCUCCAAGUAUUGAAGGAGGUAUGAGUGUUCCUGCAAUUGAAGGAGUAGAUGCAAAACUGAAGGGACCUAAGGUGACUAUGCCAUCAGUAAACCUUUCAAUGCCCCAAGUCUCUGGACCUGAUUUUGAUGUAAACUUGAAAGGACCAAAACUAAAAGGAGACCUGGAUGUGUCUAGUGACCUUAAAGGUCCAAAAGUGGACAUACAUGCACCAGAUGUUGAUAUGAAAGGCUUUGGAGGAAAGCUUAAAAUGCCCAAGUUUAAAUCUCCAACUUUGGAGGGACCUCAAGCAGAUCUGAACAUGAAAGGGGACAUUGGAUUUUCUGCCCCACAAAUUGAGGGGGGCAUGAAAGCACCAGGUAUGGAUGUACAUCUCAGUGCCCCAGACCUUGAUAUCAAAGGGCCUACAGUGAAAAUGCCAUCGGUAGGUAUUUCUGCCCCAGAUUUUGAUGUAAAUUUGAAAGGACCAAAGUUAAAAGGAGAUCUUGAUCUUUCUGGUGGCAUUAAAUCCCCAAAAGUGGCUAUAGAUGCACCAGAUGUUAACUUGGAAGGUCCAGGAGGCGCGAUUAAACUUCCUUCACUGAAGCUUCCCCAAUUUGGCAUUUCUAGUCCUCAUGUUGAGGGGUCUAAGAUGGGUGUGAGUAUUGAAGGACCACAAAUUAAAGGAGACCUUGCUGGCUCAGGGAUUGAUGGAGAAUUGAAAGGGCCUACAUUUAAAAUGCAACCACUUCAAGUUUCAGCUCCAAAAAUCUCUGCACCCGACAUUGACUUAAACUUAAAAGGACCAAACCUAAAGGGUGAUGUUAAUAGUGCUGGUGAUGUUAAAGGCCCAAAAGUUGGAGUGGAAGCACCAGAUAUCAGCAUCAAAAGUUCAGGUGGAAAUAUUCAAAUACCAUCAGUAAAACUGCCCAAAUGUGACAUUUCAGGUUCCCAAGGCAUGAAGGUUUCUGGGGUGGGUAUUGCAGCUAAUGCUCCUGAUAUCAGUUUAACAGGUCCUGCCUUCAGUGUAUCAACACCAAAAGUUUCUGGGUCAGAUUUUGAUGUAAAUUUGAAAGAACCUAAAAUCAAAGGAGGUUUCGGCAUUUCUGGAGACAUGAAAGCUCCUGAUGUAAAUGUUGGGGCACCACACUUGGGCAUUCAGCAUUCAGGUGGUGAAUUCAAAGGGCCACAGCUUUCAUCUUCUGGUUUUGAUGUAGAAAUGAAUGUGCCAGAUGUUGCAAGGGGUCUUCAUGUUUCUGGCCCAAAGAUAGAGGGUGGUCUGAAAGGUCCCAAGGUAGGAAUCAAAGGUCCUGGCGUAGAUAUGAAUUUUCCACAAAGUAACUUAGAAAGUGCAUCAGGAAAAGUGACAUUCCCCAGGAUGAAAUUGCCUAAAUUUGUGUCUUCAGGGCAUGAGGUAACAGGAAGAGAAGUAGGGGUUGAUGUUAACUUCCCUCCGCCAGAUGCCAGUCUCCAGGCUGGUGCGGUGGAGGCUGAGUUUGAAGAGCCAGAUGUCAAACUUAAGAAAUCUAAAAUUAAGAUGCCAAAGUUUAAUUUUUCAAAACCUAAAAGCAAAGGCACCAUUGUUGGCUCACCGGAAGCCUCAGUGUCCAUUUCAGGAUCUAAAGGAGAUUUUAAAAGUUCCAAGGCAAGUCUAGGUUCUAUGGAGGGUGAACUGGGGGGAGGGGAAGCUGCUGCCACUUCACCUAAAGGGAAGUUUUCGUUAUUUAAAAGCAAAAAGCCACGUCAUCGGUCAUCUUCCUUUAGCGAUGAACAUUCCUCCCAGUCAACCCCCACUGGCACCUUGGAGUUUGAGUGCAGCUCAGGAGCAGAGAAGGAAAAGCAGGCCAAGAUGAAAUUUGGAACGUUUGGAGGGAUAGGGUCAAAAACUAAAGGCUCUUAUGAGGUAACUGGAAGUGACGAUGAAGCAGGAAAGAUGCCAGGGAGUGGGGUCUCGUUAACGUCCAAGAAAUCCCGCCUGUCUUCCUCUUCGAGUAAUGACAGCGGGACAAAGGGGGGGUUCCGAGUGCCAGUGGUAGAACUGACCGUUGCCAAAAAGAAAGAGUAAAGCGUCCGUGUAUAUAUGUCUGUGUAUGUAUAUAUAUAUAUAUCUCUCUUCUGUGUUUGUAUAUAAAUUUCAUAGCUUGAAAUAUUUUCAACCUCAGCAAUAAAAUGAAUGGUGCCUAGUGAAAUGUUAGAUGUCAUGUUGCCUACUCAAAAGAGAGGAGAGUUUAAAAGCAAGUGACCCUGGAGCUGUACCACAGUUCAUCUGAUGUAUUUGAAAGUUUCUUUGUGUUCAUGAUAUUUGGUUUGCGCAUUAAAUGCUGAGAGCUUAAGUUUACUAGCAAACUAUUUUGAUAUCCUUUUCAUUUUACUGGAUAUUUUCAGUGUCGGUUUAUGGAAAUAAUGUUUCCAUCUUAAUUACCUUUUGGCUUUUAUUUGCAGGGCUUACAUUUCUGUAAUGAGAAUGGAUAUAUUGAAAACACUGUAAAAUAUAUAGAUACAACUGAAAUAUGUCACUUUCCCUUGUAAUGUGGGGUUUAAAAUGACACGGAGUGUUUAUCACAGAAAGCUGUGGUUUCUAUUAGCUUUGAUAGUUGUGGUGGUAAGAAAAGUACCCCAGUUUAAUUUAAGACUAGAGAAUCCGGGUUGCUUUUGAUAAAUGUCAUGAAGAAAAACAGAAUUUACCAAUAAACGACUAACCUGUUUUGGGUUGGAUUCGACUGACACCAUCUUAGUUGUCUCCGUAUAUUUGUUUCAUUAUUUGUAUUAUAAGAGAGGACUUUUCUUAGUUAUGGUGCAAAAAUCUGUGACUGCCACUUUUCUGAUAUUUGUUAUAAUUUCUGUUAACAAAUGUAUCUUGAUUUAAAAAAAAUCUUUCAGCACUUUAAUGGCAAAUGAAUUGAGAAUGUAAGAAGAUUGAUCUUGUAAAAUGCAAAUAAACUGUUUAUUAACCUUG